CGCUAUCAUGUCUGCCAUGGGGUCAAUGUCCACGGCAAUUUCACAGUCUGUGACUCAAGCCCUAGCUGUUCAGCCCCCUCAUGCCUCCAGAACAACGGAGAAUGAUGGCAAUGUUCCAUCCACUGACAACGCGCUAAGGUCGCGUAAAAGAGCCUGUCCGCGCCAGGCAGAACGUGCGCGAGGUUGGAAGUCGGCGCGGUCACAGCCCGAACGUGUUUCUGACUCUGAUAGAGAGUCUGAUGAGGAGGCACAGCGCUACUCCCUGCAUGGCUCAGAGGAGGAUUUGACCGGGGUCGCGGUUGAUCCGGUGGAUGUAGAUUUGCCGCCGCCCCCUACUGCGGCAUUCCCGGACGCCCCGUCUGGGUCCGCGGAUCCUCUUUUGGAUCCGUUGGGGGAUCCUAUGUUUGAUCCCAAUGCCUUACACCACCCGCGGUCUUCUGAGUGGCUCCCUGCCACGCAUGUGGCCCAAUACAUUGAAUCUAUGGCCCGUAAGCCUCUCACAAAGGAGGCACGUACAAAGCUGCGGGCUGAAUGCCCUAGACCCCUGAUCCCGCAUAAGGUUUGCGAGACGCCGGUGGUGGACCCGAAGAUGGUCCAGUUUUUGACUAAGACAGGGUUUAAUCCCCGUAAAGGCCUGGAUUCCGCCCUUAGGGCAUGCCAGGAUAAAGUGCUGGACAUUAUGGGGCCACUGGCCAAAAUUCUGGAUAUGGCCGAAGCGGCCAGGGCGGCUGGUAGUCAGGUUGACCCUGAGGAGUUAACUGGAUGGGCUCAGAGGGCAGUUUGCCUUACGGGCAACGCUAACACCUCGUUAGCAAUAGAACGGCGCAAAGCGCUUCUUAUGAAAAUUGAGCCGAAACUGGCUAAUUUGGCCAUUUCUGAGGCGGGCAAGGAUGCCCAGGGGCUCCUCUUUGGAGAGCCUUUUAUUAAGGAGCUUGGGAAAUACGUUGGGGCUUUUACUGCCCUUGAUAAGGCGCAAGCGUCCAUGCGUAAGGUUUUCCCAAACCGUUUUUCAGCCAGGGCCGGCAGUUUCAGGGGCCGUCUGCCCGGCCGCUCCUCCUCCUAUGCCCGUGGUUCGGGCAGAGGCUCCUUUGGCCACAGAUCCUCGUUGCAGGACCAGCAACAUCAACCUUCCUUUUUUCCUACCCGGGGAGGCUAUAACCGCGGCAGAGGAUUCCGUGGACACCCUGGAUCCAGAAAACCAUACGGCUAAUGUUCCAGCCAAGAUGUCCGGAAUUUUCGCGGCUUCGUUGCUCAAGGUUCCUGGCGGGUUGUCCGGAGUGUGCACAGUUUCGUGGGCAUGUCGGAUCCGAGCCUUCGUUCCAGUUGGUCUGUUCUAGUUCAAGAGACCUGAAGUCUGUUCGUCAGGCGUCCAUCGGUUUGCAGUGGGUGGACCAUCAAAGAAAGAGGACUGCUCCAGUGUGACCAGGGGUUAUAUGGACACUGGGAGUGACAGGGUGGGGCUUGUUGCCAUGGUUACUGCAUGUUUAAAGUUUUUUCUUUGCUGCU